GCACCCCAGCGCUUGUAUCCUCCACCCUUUGUUUUUUCCUUCAAUUUCUAAAUGCCUCGCCAGACUCGACGAUCCGCACCUGCUCGUGCUCCUGCUCCUCAAACCCAGCAGACCCGUCAGGCACACACUGCGCCUGUUCGUCAGCAACCCGUUCAGCACCAAGCCCCACCUGCUCCUCAACAGCAUGCUAUGACUCCUGCUGCUCCUGCUCCAUCAGCCAUAGCUCACCCAGCCCCUCAGCAACCAGGUCUUUUUGCUCAAAUGGCCACUACAGCUGCUGGUGUAGCUGUCGGUUCAGCUGCCGGACACGCUAUCACUGCUGGCGUUUCUUCCAUGUUCGGUGGAGGUGGUUCUGAGGAACCGCAACAACCUCAACAACAGCAACAGCAAUACCAACAGCCACCUCAACAGGUCUUCCAACAACAGCCAACUGGUGCUGCUUCCUGUGAGGCCGAUGCCCAAGCCUUCACCAAGUGCCUUCAAACCAGUAACAAUGAUGUUACUGCUUGCCAAUGGUACCUCGACUCCCUUAAGGCAUGCCAACAAAUGGCUGCUAACUAUUAGACAAAAUAAAUAGAUUGCUUAAAUACACCUCUUUUUUUUUCUGUGGCUAAUUUGCAUCCAUUGUUGAUAGUUUAUCAUUAUGUUUUGCAAGCCCAACUCCAUAAAAAGAAUCCCACAGUAACAAACAGAAGACAUUCUUAAAGUUUGCGCUACGUACUACACUGCUCAAUGCCUUGACGUAUAAGAAAGGAAAAAUAAGAGCAUUCACAUCCUCUUUUGUUGGCCGUGAAAAUAUACAUUGGGCGAAUUUGUUAUGUUUUAUAUAAAAGCGAAAA